GGGGAGUAUAGCGGCUGCUCCUCUCGUUUCAGUGUUGCUGUCGUACCGGGAGGCGGACAGAGCUCGCAAGCUACCGGGGUUCCCAGAUAACGGGACUAUCGUAACGGACACACACGCACACACAGACGGAUGGUGGUGGGACAGAGCCAAAGAGCUGAAUUCCGCUUAACGGGUACCGUGUUGUUUUCUUUUCGUUCAGUUUUAACAUUUCGUGCGCAAGCAGUGUUGCUCAUUCAUUUAUUUAUCGAUUGAUUGCGUUUUAAUUACUGGCUCGUGAGUGGAUACGAAAGGGGGAGCGUGUAGAGCCGCUGCGUAGCCUUAUACGUACGUGAUUACUUAAAUAUAUUAAGCGAUUAGAUUAUAUUUUAUACAAAAAAAUAAUAAUAUGCUGCUUGAAAUGCAUGCAAUGUGAACCACACAGUAGGAGAGCUAGAAACCAAAUAGAGAAACCAAAUAUUCCUGUUAAACCUUUGUAAACCGUUUUAAAGCCAGCAACCGCGAUUGAUUGUAAUGAGCCAAGUAGUUUUUGUACUAAAGUGAACAAAAUUUUGACUCGAGAUUUGUUUAAAAAGCGAAACCAAAGUGGAACCGGAUCGCGGCGCGCACAAGGCCAUUGUGACGUUUACCGGCCGCACACCUGGUCUCGCGCGGGAUAUGCAAAACCCAGGGAAUGUUAUGAGUUACGACAACAAGUGAGUUUUGAAUUUUAAAAAGUUACAGUUUCAACCAACGGUUUGACAUUUGCUAGCGUAUGUCUAACGUCCUGUUAUUCAAAUUUUCUGGUUAUAUUAACGCAUUUAUUCCGCUAAGCAAUUGUUAAACCAAGUGUUUAUUGACCACAAAACACUUUUAAUAUAUAUUUAGACCUCUUGAAAGAUCCGGACUAUCCGUCUGUGUGUCAGUCCGAGAUAGAGUAUCCCUGAGGAAGCAGUAAUGACUGAGAGGCACAAUACCAAAAAUGUAAAGAUAGCUUGAGCAGUUUACUUACGUUACACAUUUUAAACCAAAUAUUAACUAUUACCAAAAAGAAACAACCUCAAAACACAGUCUACUUGACAAAAAAGCAACCAAAGAAAAAGAAACUCAAGACAAGCGCCAAAUACAAGAGACCAUAGAAGAAAAGCCCAGACGACAACGGAUCAUGUUUGUUCCCUUGCCGGUGCCGUUAGUGUUUCAGAGAACCGCUCCUGAUUUCAGCGCCUGGCGACUCAAGUCUCCGCUGCCUCUGCGCUCCGGUAACUCCGUAGAUAUCAGGAUGUCUAAAGCUGUCGAUGAUGAUAAGAUGGGGACCGAGUUUCCAGUCGAUAGUACAGACUCUGAGAGAAACAGUCCAGAGGCCAGCGAUCAGAUCCAGCCAAUGAAAACAAGUCCUUUCUGCCUGUCUCCUGCACCCAGCAACACAAAGGUUAAAGCUGAGGAGGCUGCUGAGAUGACCAGUGUUCAUGCUCCUCCUCCUCCUCCAGUUCAGCCUGCUCUACCACACACACAACUCAUGCUGGCAGGCAGUCAGCUCGCAGGGCUGGCCGCCCUCCUCCCUGCACAGCAGCAGCUGUUGUUGCAGCAGGCUCAAGCGCAGCUGUUAGCCGCAGCCGUGCAGCAGUCAAACGCUGCGCAUGCCGCCCACGCAGCUGCCGCAGCCAAUCAGCAACAACAGUCACAACAGCAGCAAGCCAAUCAGGCAGCAGCACAAGCCCAGUCUCAAGCCAAACCUGAGCAAGCUCCGCCUCCACUUCUAUCUCAGCCUAUCCAGCUCACUGCCCAGGCUUUCUGUCUCUCUCUGAAGGACAUUCAGCAGUUGUUGCAGUUACAGCAGUUGGUAUUGAUGCCAGGUCAUCCUCUACAGUCCCCUGCUCAGUUCCUGCUGCCUCAAGCCCAGGCUCAGCAGGGUCAGCAAGGUUUGCUUUCGACAUCAAAUUUGAUUCCACUACCUCAGCAAAGCCCAGGGAGUCUCCUGACCACCCCACCUAGACUGGGGCUUCAAGCACAGCAUCAUCUUGACGACAGGCUGUGGUCAUUGCAGAGGGAGAAGAGCGUGGAGAGCAUUGUGAGCUCCGCCCCCUCCUCAGCCCCACCCAUGAGCUCCGUUCCCACAGUGACGCCACAUCCUGAGGAGCCCAGUGAUCUGGAGGAGCUCGAACAGUUUGCCAGAACCUUCAAACAGAGGCGAAUUAAACUGGGAUUCACACAGGGGGACGUCGGUAUGGCCAUGGGUAAACUGUACGGCAACGACUUCAGUCAGACCACCAUUUCACGUUUCGAGGCUCUCAACCUCAGCUUCAAGAACAUGUGCAAGCUUAAACCCUUGCUGGAGAAAUGGCUGAGCGAUGCAGAAACAAUGGCGAUAGACAACAUGCUGCCGAGCCCCAGUUCACUGUCCUCACCUCUGCUGGGCUUCGAAGGGUUGCCUGGACGCCGCCGAAAGAAACGCACCAGCAUCGAGACCAACGUCCGCAUUGCCCUGGAGCGCAACUUCAUCUCGAACCAGAAGCCUACCUCGGAGGAAAUCCUGCUGAUGGCCGAGCAGCUCAACAUGGAGAAAGAGGUCAUCCGCGUCUGGUUCUGCAACCGACGGCAGAAAGAGAAGCGUAUCAACCCCUCCAGCGCCACCCCUCCUCUGCCCACUCAGCCCCCAGCACCGACGCACAAACCCCCCUGCUACAGCCCGCACAUGAUGUCCAGUCAGGGACUGGCUCAGGUCGCUACCAGUCUCAGCACAACAGCCGUCAGUCCCACACCUUCUGUGGCCUGCCCCCUCAACCCCAGUGGACAUGCAGCAAUGAGCUCCGCCCCUUCUUCAGUGACUCCGCCUCCUCUCAGCACAGUCAGCCCCACUCCGCCGAGUCUCGGCAGCCCUGGCCUGAACACAGGGAACACAAUGAUGGGUGUAAGCACAGGAAUGAACCAGGCCCUCAUCAGCAGCAACCCUCUGGCCACAAUGCAAGCCCUAGCUGCCAGUGGUGGCCAGAUUCCCAUUUCCGCUCUUGAGGGCAGCGGUCAAAUGUUCCUGGGUGGAGCUGGAGGUCCAGGAGCUGGUCUGCGCCAGUCCCUCUUCCUAAACCGCCCCACUUUACUGCCCUUGGCGAGGAGCGCAGGCAUGGGUCUGGUCGGCACCCCAAGGGCUUCUCCGCCCCCUGGCGCCAGAGGCGCAAGCCCAGACUCGUGCUCCAUCUCCCCCUGCUCAAGCCCCGCCUCCUUCUGCUCAUUAGGCGAAGCCUCGCCACCCCCUCUGGGCGGAGCUAUGGCCGAGUGACGCCCACACCAAGCUGCUGCACUUGAGGGGAGUCAGAGGGACGGAAGAAAGAAGACAAACAAGACUCGCCUUUUCAACCAAAGCCAUCUCUCAAUCCCUCCAUUUCUCUCUUGUGCUCUCUCUCUCAUUAUGUCUUUGAAUGCCAAAAAUACAGAGAAAUGAGCAGAAGAGAACAGGGAUAAGGAGAGAACAGAACGGGGGACUGUUUAAACCAAAAAAUUUAUCUAUUCAGCGUGGAGAGGUGGCUUCAACGGAGCUACUUUGAGAAUGUACAUUUAUUCCUCUCUGAAUGGAAAAAGACAAACCUACAUGAACAGAUUUUUGAGGGCAGGGUCGUGAGCCAAAAGACUUUACGAAGAAACAACAACAAAAAAAGAAAACGGGUGGCAACGAAUGGAACAAAGGAAGGACAUUUGACAAGUGUCACUGGAUGGUAGAAAGAGAAACCAAAAAUAAACACAUGGAAGAAGAAUGGAAAGACUCACAAAGACAAAAAAUGACGAAAAAUACCAAAACCAAAAUACCAAAAACCAAAACCAAAAAAUCGGAGAGAAAAGCUUUACCUAAGACUUUGAAACCUGAAUUGUCCAGGAUCAGAUUAACUCUACAAAACACCAAAAACAUUUUGCUCAAUUUUCAUUGUUUUCCAUGCACCCCUUAUUAUGUAAACUCAGUUUUUUCUUUUUCUUUUAAACUGUUUGUAAAUGUAUUUCUCAAUCUACCUCUGCUAUCAACUAUUUAGAUUUUUCAUUCUUUUUCAUUCCAUUUUCACUUUUGAUCCGUGACAUUUUCAUCAGCAAUUUUUCCUGUCUGACUUAAGAUGGAAAACACAGAACGACAGAAGAAUUUAGAGGGAUUUUGUCUCCACUUUAAACAGUAUUACACACAAACACACACAUAUACACUGAAUUUACUGUGAUGCGUAUCCCGAUUCCCCUAUCCGUCAGUGAUCAUCCGCUGGAAUCCAUGCCUCAAACUUUGACACACUUUUCUUGGAUACCAAAGCAUUUAUCUGGCCUUUUGCGUCAGCUGAAAAGAGCUCAGAUGACAAGACCUCAAAAAAAUGUAAAAAAAAACCCAACAUACACAAGGACAAAUUUUUAAAUAAAUAAAUCCCCCUGAGCCCCCAAACCCCUGCCCUCCAUCCUCUCCGGACCCCUCUCCUGUGCCUCGGAAAAAAAUGCGUGAUGAAAAAGGCCAAACGAAAUAAAGGAACGACGGGCGAGUGGAGCAGCGACCGAAGAGGAUCCGAGGAAACGUGCAGGGGGGGAAUCCGACGACCGAGACGCGGAGGGGAGAUGUCACCGUUGUCGCUUUUUGUUUAUUUUUCCAACACGCGGAUUAAACCAAAAAUGAAACCAAACCAAACCAAACCAAAACCAAUGGACUAAAACUGAACUUUACUCAAUGGAAUGAAACCAAAUACUAGGAGUGGACCACAGGAGGUGGACAAGGAGGAUGUUUUAGAGUAGCAAGACUCGAUGACGUGAAAAGACUCAACAUGGCUUUGACCAGAAGAUCAUUCCUUCACCUCCUCCCUCCUUUCCGUUAAGUCGAUGCUUUCACUCUCCUUCCUGGACGGGAGAAUAUUUAUUAACCUCAUCGAACUGAACUUCAGAAUAUAUAUAUAUACAUAUAUAUUUUGUUUUAUUGCUUUUUCCUCUUGGUCUGUCUGUUUAUGCUGUAUGACUCGUCUCAUUGCUUUAUAUUUUUGGGAUAAUGGGGUGACGUAUUGCCUAUUUUCAUAUUUUGUGUGUUUCGUCAUUUUGAAUUGAUCGUGCCGGGGGGUUUCCCUCAUCAGGCGGUUUGAAACAAUACUGUGAACAUGUAGCUUCCAAGUUUUGCUUCGAUUGCGAAUGUUGUGAAACGAUAAGCCAAAACUGAAGAAAUACCAAAAGCGAAAACUUUUUCUUUUUUGACGCCAAAUAGCAACCUAACCAAUGCACAACGCUUGGAGAAAGACCGUAUUGGUGCUAGGUCUCUUCGAGGAGAGAUAGGGAGCAAAGAGAGAGACGUGUGUGUGUGUGAGUGCGUGUGAACGUGGAAGCUCAUCUCCAGCAUGGAAACCAAACCGAAACACGACCGUUAAGCCAACUUUCGCUCGGCGUGUCGGCCAAACCGUUUUUGACUAUGUGAUCUUAGACGCAUACAAAAACGUGGACAAACGAGAAAUGUAGAGGUUGUGGGGGACGGGGUGGGACGGGGUUUAAAAGCAACUGGAAAUCCAGUUGACGUUACACUUCUAGAGGGAAUGUACCUGUUAGUGCUUUGAUAGAUUUUGUAG